AUUGAUAAUGACUUCAGUUUUGUACGCAACAAAACAAAACAAAACAUCAUUAUAUAUUAUUUUAGACAUGGAUUAUAUAGUUAAGGAAUUAGGUAUAAGUAAUAAGAAUAUAUUCCCCACUGCCUCACCUGGCCUUUACUCCGUCGUCGUCCACACGAGCUGGCUGAAGAAAUGGAUAAAGAACCUCGAAAUAGAUACCUCGCUAAACAAUGUAGAUUUUACCUUGCAGCCUGGUGAAAGUGUACCUUAUCCGUGGCGAAAAAUAUUUAUGAGGGUGUUGAGUAAAAAAGUAUCCAAGGUUCUUCCUCUGCCUCGAUUCAAACUCAACGAGAACACGAACGAUACUCCCCUCACAUUCUCUCAACUGCUGCAAUAUGUCUCACAAAGUAACCAAAGAACAUUAUGGAAAGAAUCUUAUAAGAAGUACUGUCAGAAUAAUGAAGGCAGCAAGGAAAGUACCAUAGUGAAUCUAUUGGAGCAUGACCAGCUCAUGUCCGAGGUCGUGCUGCGCUUGUACGGAUGUAAUAUAAUUAGAGUUAAGUGCGAUGCAACUGGCAAGCAUAUAGAGUACAAAGAGAUUAUACCUAAUAAGCACAUCCUAAAAAUGUAUGAAACUCAUGGCAAUCUACUAGCAGCUAUGUUUACUAUAGAAACAGACAAUAACUUCUUCAUAGUGUACAGAGGUCAAUAUGAUAAUACUCUUCUAGAUUGUUUGAAUUUCAGCCCUAAUUUAAUAGACAUGAAUUACAGCCGAGGUUUGUUUAUUGUGUACCAGUUGUUGAAUUUGUCAAAGGCUAUGAGCGACAGAGGAUUAAGUAUAGGCAUGCUUACUCUUGAAGAUAUUUAUUUGUCUGAGAACUUGUGGAUCCAAGUGGUGCCUAUGAUAACAAAUAACAUACAUUGUUUGGAUGCCUCCCUGAUUAUUGAGCAUAAUAGAAGUAAGCAGACUACUCCUGCAAACAGUCAAGGCCCUCCUAGUAAAAAAGGGGAGGAGUGGUGUUGGAGAAAGGAGGCGGUCCAGUUAGAAAAGCUGUGUAUGCUUUGGGUGAGAGGCCGGAUAUCUAACCUGGAUUAUCUUCUACACCUGAAUAUGUUAGCUGGAAGAUCUGCUAAUGAUCCCCAAGCUCAUUUCAUGGUCCCAUGGGUGACUGAUUUCUCAUCGAGAUGUGGCAGGAACUGGCGCGACCUCAGUAAGUCGAAGUACCGGCUGAACAAGGGCGACAGACAGCUCGACAUGACAUAUGACGUCAGCAGCUGCACCGAUCAGAUACCGCAUCACGUUUCCGACGCCCUCUCCGAUAUUACGUGCUACGUAUAUUUAGCGCGCAGAACACCAAAAGAGGUCCUAUGUAAACACGUGAGGAACAAAUGGGUGCCGGCAGAGUACCCCGCGUCGGUGCAACGGAUGCAGGAGUGGACGCCGGACGAGUGCAUACCCGAGUUCUAUACUGACCCCACUGUUUUUAAGAGCAUACAUGAAGAUUUGCCGGAUCUGGGUAUUCCAUCGUGGGCGACGUGUGUGGAAGACUUUAUAACAAAACACAGGGAAGCGUUGGAGAGUACACAUGUGUCGGAGAACCUUCACCAUUGGAUUGAUAUUACCUUUGGAUACAAACUAUCUGGCCCAGCAUCCAUAAAGGCUAAGAACGUAUGUCUCUCACUGGUGGACGGGCACACGCGGCUGCGUCGCGGCGGCGCCGUGCAGCUGCUGUGUGCCCCCCACCCGCCCCGCGCCGCCCGCGCGCUGCCCCCCGCGCCGCCCCGCCUGCACUGGACUGCGGCUAAGGAUGCUAAAAAAGCCCUUCGAAACGACAGUUCCGACGACAUUUCGGAUGACGAAGAAGAAUCUACCAGCUUACCUCAACACGUUUCCCGGCUAAAUGUUCCUCCCCAACGCGUCAGAUCUCGACAUAAGAGCAGCAGUCGAGCUCGUUCCCUAUCCAAGAGCCAGGGUCUUGAAGACUCUCACACAGUCUCCGAAGGUCGAGCUUCCUCCCACUCUCGACACUACAGGGUCCAAAGGUCAGAACUAGGAAAAGGCGUCAUAUAUCUCCCAAAAGAAUUCAACCCAGUAGCCUCUAUUCAAGCCAUAGAGUCCCUCGAUAACUUCAGAACGAAAUGCUUCUUCACCAAAGCUGAUGAUAAAGAGAAACAUAGAGAAAAUGUCACCACUUUGAACCUGUACCCGGUACAGCAAGAUAUGAGGCAAGAUAGUACCACAUCAACUAAAGAAGGGUCCGAUGAUACGGCGUUUACGAAUCACAUGUUUUUAGCGUCCUACGAUCAAAGUUAUCUGAAGAAAUUCACGCAAGAUGCUCACUUAGAAAGUGUACUCAAGGAAAGGAAGAAUAGGUCCUUCAAUACUCGGUACACCACAGAUGCGGCGAUUUACAAGCAAUUUGUUACAGAGAGUCGAAGGCAAGACAUGUUGGUCAUAGGCUGUUUGAUUGUAGAAAUAUUCCUUCACACAUACAUGAGACCGCUUAGAACGCCCACCGAUAACUUCUUAGAACGAUACAAUAAUUGCCGGACUGUGUUAAAACAUAACUUCAAUGCGUUACCAAGAAGUGUUAGUUACGUGGCCUCAUUACUGCUAAACGUUCAACCCCCUUGCUUAUCUUACAAGAACGAGUUAACUCCCAAAAAGGAGGAGCCAUUAAAGAAGAUUUUAGUUACCGAUAAAGGGUUGCCAGCACCCACUCCUGCGCAACUACUCCAACCGUUAUUAAUGCAACACUUAAUACCAUUCCCGCAAAGCUUUAAUAUUUUAUACAAGUUACUGAAUACGUUGCAUGAAUAUGAUCUCACGAGCACCGAACUGAACAUACUAUACAUGUACGAAUGUGACGGGGUUCAAUGUGAGAAGUACCAAAAUGUCGAUAAAACAAAAUUAUACUUUAAUCAGAAAAUAGCUGAAGGAAAGAUUCAGGCUUGUGCGACACAUCUAGAUGUUCUCCUAAACCAAGUGAACUGUUACAAUCAGUUCGAUGUGCUAGAUAUAUUCCUGUCACAUUACAUAGAAUUACUUCAGAAUAAGGACACAUCAGUAUUAGCCGCGUGGUACUUAUUUGACACUGUGAGCAAAGCCUUAGGUCCUGCAGAGACGAGGAAAAAGUUGCUUAAACAUAUUCUGAAUUUGUACGAAGAUGAUGAUUUUGCUGUGGAUAAACCAGAUCAGCAUAAGUUGACAGAUGUUGACAGUUUAACUCUCGCUGGAGGUGUAUCAAAUAAGCAGAAGUUCGUGAAACUCUAUCACAAUAUAUUCCUUCUUCAAUUGAUGGUCAGAUUAGGUCUUCAGUGCUUCUUAGAUAAUUUUACCCAACAUUUAGUUGAGGCAGUCGGUGGUUACAAAGACGUGACUGAGGAAGUCGGGUCUCCUGGUCAUUUAUGUCACAAUAAAGCCUUGUCCAACAAGAAGCCACGAUAUUCAGAUGAUAAUGUAAAGAAUGCUUUAUCGUCCAACACUGAUAUAUUUUCGCCGGACACUUCAUACGGGUCGGAACACGUGACCACUCCAAGUGUCGAAAAAACUGAGGCGAACGAAGGUUUGAAGGAGAAAGACAGCGAUAAUAGAAGCGAAAAUGAAUUGUUUCACUUCGAAACUGAUAAAGAUAGACUUCCUAGUAGGAGCAGUAGAAGUAAGUCUCCCGCUGAGUCUAUAGACUCUUAUAACUCUAAUACUACUCAAGAGAAUAAUAUACAUACCCCAUCGCCUUCUAUAGAUCAUGUGUCACCAAUAUCGGCGAAAUAUUUCACGCCGAACAACACAGCGCAAAAAGAACCCAACGCUUUAGUCAAUAAAGAUCAAAAUCAUGAAACCAUAACACCGGCUAACAAGCCAACAUCGCCCGUCAUAGAAAUUCCUACCAAACCGAUGUUCACGAGUUAUUUACACUUCGCGGAAGAAGACGAUUCUGAGGAGGUGGAAUUACGAAGAAAGUCUCAUGAUCCUCAAAUAAACUUGGACUUAGGGAGACAUAUGGAGAAUUCUAAAGCUUCUAGAAGUAUGAAUGAUGAUGAUUUUUCUGGUUUCAAAGACCCGAACAGUUCUAAGAUAUCAGAUAUGAGCUCGGAGAGUUUGAUCUGGUUGGCUCAUAGAUUAGGCCCGGUACUUACUUGUAGGUAUAUAACGAGGAAUUUGCUGAAGAUGUUGACUUUGUGUUAUAUUGGGAAGGAUAAUUUGGCGCCGUGGGAUAGUGAGGAGAAAGAUGAGUUCGAUGAGAUAUCGAUAGUGAAUAGUAGAGUGGUGGGAGAUAGGAAUGCGAUGAAGGUCAUCAAGUGCCUCACUUCUAUUGUCGCAAUGUACGGCGAGCAGCUGAUAAUCUUCCAAUACCUCCCGCACAUGGGUGAGCUGAUCGCGUCGUGUCGCCGCCGCCUGUCCGCGCCGCUAGAGGGCGGCGUGGUCGCGUGUCUGCAGUUAGUCAAGUAUCUACUGCCGCAUAUGUCUGAUGUUAAACUUAUGGAGCAGUUGCAGGACACAUUCCUCAAAACCAUCCUGCAACCAGCUCUCCGCCUAGCCUCCACCACUCGUUGUUCGUACCCAAGUGGGGCGGCCGCACGGUGUUCCCUCACUAGGAAACUGUUGGACGCCCUACAUGUGCUAGCCGUCAGGAUUGGACCUGAGAUGACGAGGAGGCAUCUGUGUGUACCGGCUUUGCAGAGAUUCUUCUUGGCGUUUGAUAAAGCGACUGGGAAGACAGAAAACUGGCCGAAACAAGAAGAAAGUACGCCUGAAAAGUCUUCAGACCAAGAAUCAACAGACUCGAAGCCGGAAGGGUUCCUAGAGCUAUGUCGCGACGGCACGACGGCAGAGUGGCGCGUACAAGACGGACGAGUAGUUCGAGCGGACUUACCCGACCUCGCCUGUACCCCGCCCGAUGUGUCUGAACAUCCGCAUGAUACUACUAGGUUAACGGCUCAAGAGGAACUGCUAAUGGUAUUCGACGAGGAGCUAGCGCAUCGAGCGUACACUACAUUCGCUAAGUUCAUAGGCUCCGACACCAUGGAGCGAUGCCUCAAGAACAUCGAUACUGUACGCGCGUUGUGCAGGAAGUAUGAACAUAGUCAUGCUGUUAGCUCUCCCUUCCAAAUUCGUCCCGACAAGCGGGUCCAACCGUCAUUCAGCGACGAGCCUCUAAACCGGAAGACCGAUUACUCUUCUGCCAAGCCUGAGGUCAUAAUGGACCACAUCUCCAGUUCCAACAGCUUUGGGUCCAAUGUGACCCUAGUGGGUAACAGGAUAGAUGUCGCUAGUGACGCGUGUGAUGUCGGUAAUGGACCUCAAGGUCAUGGGUUCGAUGUCGUGGCGUAUAAGGCUGAUAAUGGAGUGAGGAGUAAUAGGCACUUACGAGGCGACUGGCUAAUCUACUGGGAGCAUGAAAUCGGCCGUUCUGACAAGGAAACCCGGUUCAACCUGAAACAGAUCAAGUUGCAGACAUUCGUGGGACACACGCACUCCGUCAAGAGUAUACAUUGCCUGGAUAAUGAGAACAGUUUCAUGAGCGGGUCUAAAGACAAAACUGUAAGGUUGUGGUCUUUGAGGAAUCAGGGCGACGGCAACGCGACUACUCAAUGCAACUGGACGUACACGGGCCACAAGAAAGGCGUACUAUCGCUCACAUUCCUAGAGUCGUUACGUCUGGCGGUGUCCACUGAUUCUGUAGUCCAUAUAUGGGAUCCGUUCAUGGAGAGUGUGGUUUCUCAGUUGGACACCUUAAAGUCCCCAGUAAGCAUAGUGCGUACACUGGCGGGCCCGUCGGCCGCAGUGCUGGCGGCCACCACGGACGCCACGCUGCGGGUCAUCGAUGCUCGCUCGCCGCACACCUCGCAUGAACUGAAGUUACCAAUGAGCGCUACUACCUUCAUCCGCUGCAUGUGCGUGUGUUCGUCCGGCGGCUGGGCGGCGUGUGGGCUGGCCAGCGGACACGUGGCCGUCACCGACCUGCGGACCGGACUCACCAUCGCCACGUGGCGAGCUCAUGAUGGAGAGGUGCUAAGACUGGCAACAGUGGAUGACCACAGACUACUGAGCUCCGGGUUGGAUCAGGUCACUGCGCUGUGGAGGCCUGACGAUGGAGAACUCAUAGCUCAUCUCAAAGGCAGCACGGAACCCGUCCAUUGUCUCUCAGUGUACUACAAAGAGUUAAUAUCGGGCACCACAAACAACCGCAUCGGAGUUCACACGUCAUUAUCACAAGACGCCAGCUUUUCCAGCACUAAGCUACGGUCUGACACGUUCAGAGGAGUUCUGACGUGUAUGGCUGUGUUGCCACUUAAUAGGUUAUUACUACUGGCCAGUGAUAAUGGUACUAUCAGUCUACUGUGCUGAGUUACAGUAUAUUUUCAGUAGCUAAAGUUAAUUCUGAGGUAUCUAUUAACACAUGUCGUCUUGUUGCCACUCAAUAGGCUACUGCUGCUGAGCAGCGAUAAUAGCACCGGUACUUUGCCAAGUAACCAUAGGCCAGUGAUAAUGGCAUCAUCACUUUGCCAAGUCACCGUAGAAUUCACUUACAAAGCUUUUAAAUAAAAAAUAUAUAUAUCAAAUCAAAUCAUCUUUAUUAUCAGGCAUCAAAGGCCCAUAGAUAAAUACCUUAAAACUAGCAUACAUAUGUUAUACAAAAUUGUUAGUAAAUAAAAACUUAAAACUAUGUUAGUAGCACUUCACUUAAUGCACUAUCUACUAUCUGUGCGGUCCUGUGGCACUUGUCCGCGGAAGCGACGGAACACCACGUCCUGUGGCCAGAAGUUCUCGUCCAACACGAGGUGCAGGAAGCACGUCGUGUAUAUAUUUCUGCGUUCAGUAUUUGCUACUGCCACAUAAGUUUCUGGCGACAAAAAUGGCACCUGCAUGUUAUUUUGUGUUGCAUAAGUAAGUGUGUUCUAACUUGUAUGUGUGUCCUUGGCCAAGGUUUGCAAAUAUCGAGAGAUGCUUUGCUUUAGAAUGUCCUUCGUUGAAACGUCUAAAUAUAUCUAUUCUGUCACAAACUAGACGCUUGCUAUUUGCUAGCUUUUGAAAAGCUUAAAUAUAUGAAUAAUUGUCGAUAUUUAAUUGAGCUGUGCUCAAUCUUAAAGUUGGAUAGGAAUUUUAUUUAAAAUUAGUAUUAUUUGAUUAGUCAAGCACCAUAUCACGGCGCUUUUAGUGAUCUCUUACACAAAAAUAAUUAAAUAAAACCUUUGAAUUCAUUUCAAUUCUUAGAAAAGUAGGUGAUAUUAACUGAUCAACCAAAGUAUACAAAGUUAUUAAGUUAAUGGAAAAUUAAUACUUUUCAAAUCAGUAUGUACUGAAAACAUUCCAAAAGUGACGACAUAUGAAACUCCUGAUUUACAAUAUAAAAGGCAAAAUGAAAACUGAUCAUUCCAUAUUAUUCAUUCCUGAAGUAUUUUCUAAAAUUGAUAGUUAUUGACCGGAUCAAAAACUUCAAAUUGUAGGCCUGUAAUGAAAGACUACUACUCAAUUUAUUAUAUGCUUGACAAAAUAUAGUACGUGGAAAUUGAUAUUUGAACAUCGAUACUAAAAAGAGGUAGGUAUGUACUGUUAUACUUCAACUCCUUUUAUAAAUAAAUGAUCAGAUGAAGAGAAGAAUGGGUUAAAAAUGCCCUUUCCUCAUAACUAAGCAUUUUUGUCUAAUAUCCAUAUAAUACAUAGAGUAUGUAAUAAAAAUCCUUGAUCUUAGCUUAUACGUAUUUAUGUAAAAAUGGCUUUUUAUAUGAAUUGACGUGUAAUAGAUGCGGGAUCACAUAAGUCUCAUAAUUCCUUGCCGAACGAAUAUAAACAUUAUGUUUGUGAAAAUAAAGUCGAAAAUUCAGAAACAUCGUCGCAUUAUAUUCAUCGUCAUUAUUUUAAAUGCGACCUUAAAUCAACGCAAAUAAUGUUUUAUUUUCUUCGGCAGAUACUAGUUAGAAAUAAGUGUACAGGAUAAGUAAAAGUAAGUUCGUGUCGAGUAAGAUAAAUACUGUAUAAUACGAUAUAACCUUACCAUAUGUGUCAAAAGUACAAAAUAGUCGUUACCAAAGAGUUAUUCGAUCAUAAUAAUUAUUUUGAGAUUAUUGUCAUUUGUACCAUCAUUUAAACCAGUAAUAUUUAAUAAGCUUAACACAACAACUACCUUAUUCUUCUUGUAAAAAGAUCAAUUUACCUAAAUCGCCAUAGCAGGCUACUUUUGGAAAAGUAUAGCGGAUACAACCAAUUAUAAUCAUGUAAAAAUGUAUGAUUUUGUGUAAAUGUAAUAACAAUAAUAUUAUACAUCGAUAUUUAAUUCUUUUAUUAUAUUUUAGCUCAAUUUAUUACCAUUAUGAGUUUUAAAUGUAUUCUAUGUUAGUAAAUUAAUGUGUAGUGUUGCUAGUAUACAUACUUAAUAGGUAAAUAUAAUUUGUAAAUAAGAAAAAUAUUAUAAACUAUAGUGGGAUUGAUGGUCGUUACUCCCCGCCUUACCCCUCGGCUGGGCAAAGAGCAUUGGGACACCGUUCGUUCAGUAAUUUGCUUCUAAAAAUGAUAAUUAUCGUAAAGUGUAUAUUAGUAGUGCGCUUAAUGAAGUCACAAUUUCAGUUUCUAAGCUUACGCCUAGCACCAAACACUCCUAAUAUCUUAAUCUUUCGUUCUAAGAUAUUGAAUGUCGACGCAACUUAGCAAAAAUAAAACCCUUCUUAGUCGUCGAAUAAAAAGACAAAAGUUCUUAAUAAUGUCACAAAAAUAGGCAUGAAUUGCAACUUUGCUUUUGUUAGUAUAAUUUUAUUUUAAAGCACUUUUUUUAGUGAUAUAAAGAACAAAUGAUAUUUCAGUCUGUAGUAUAAUAAUGUACGUGUAUGAAAAAAAUCCAAAAUAUUAAUUGUAAGGUCAACAGUAGAAAAAAAGACGAAGAAAUGUAGAAUACGGACGAAAAAUAGAUGAUACAAGAUUUUGCAUUGUGUAAAAUAAGACAAAUAAAACUGCAAUAUUAUGCAGUAACAGAGCAGAAAUCCGACACUACUCUUUGGUAUCGUCGUCGGCCAUAACCGUUAUAUUUAUUUCGAUGUAGAAACUCGGAACUUUUCUGAAUGUCUCAUGUUUAGUUACCACCCCAUAUUUUAUUCUCAUCGGUAGUUACAGUGCCAAAUGUCCGUCAUAUAUUCUUGACACAUCCAGCAUUUAAAAUAAUUAUCUAAUUAAUUGAAAUAGCCCAAUAACUCUGAGAUAUUAUACAUUGUACAUGCCUAGGUCAUAUGUUCGUCGACACCAUCCAAAUGUAGAACAUAGUAUUAGAGAAGGUAAGGCCAGCCUUGAUUCAAAGUUUUACCAACCUGUUGUAACUAUGUAAUAUGUAUAUUCUGUAUCGUAGCAAAGGUAUUUUUUUGUAAUAAAAGUAUUUUGUAACCGG